CCUCGGGUCCUUGGGAGUUGUUGUCUUGCAAGUCACACACUGAUCUGCACACGGGCUCAGUCUGUCGCCUGUAAGGUCAGUCUAGGUAGAGGAUUUCCAUCUCAUGAGGGAUUUCGCUCACACUCCUCGGUCUUGACGAGAAGGCAAGCAGCAUAGAGCUCUCCCUCUCUCUUUCUCUGUCUCAGUGCCCGAAGGAGUAAGCGCUUUCAUUAUCCUCCGUCAUGCCUGUCUGGGUCCAGGCUCAGUGGCGGGAGGGUUUGAAGACGUGAGGAGCUGACUCCAGAAGGAAAAACAAAACAGUAUAUGGGGGGAAGUCAUUCCCCGGUGCAUGAGGAGAAUUCGCCGAGAGCCAUCCCAGGAAUACCGAACCUUCCCCUUCCAUCAUAAAAAAAAAGAACCGGUGUGCCAAAUACGAGAGGGAAACUGGAGACGUGGCUGGAGCUUUUAGCUAAUGGGUGAUACAGACGAGGCAGAUACUCAUCACCAUCGUCAUUAUUCUCCUCAUCCACAUCAUCAGUGAAAAGAAAACACCGUGCGGAGGGGGGCACCAAGCAGGCGAUCGGGCACAAUGGACUCCGGGGAGAAUCGCACGUGCAGUGCCUGUAAGGCUGUGCUCUAAAAGGUACUGGAGGCAGAAGAGCGAGUCCUGCAGGGGAAACAGACGGGGUGUGACGCGCUGGACUGGCCAUGACCACGCCAGGAGCCACAAGCCACGGACUACCGCCUGACAACUCUCUCCAGAACCACAGUCACUAUCGGCGUGGUCGAAGAGCCGGACUUUGGGUUUCCCUCUCUUCUCGAACGGUGUUGCCAGAGCUGAGGAUGACCAGUCGUGCCCUCCCCACGACAGCGGUGUUCCUGGUGGUUUGGGCCGGUCUUCUUUGCCUGGGUACCCCGGCUGCCGCUUACAAGAUUCAGCUGACGGAAGACGGGGACUGCCCAAUAAACACGGUGCGGACGCUGGACGGCGAUGCGUGCAUAUCCUGCGCGACUUGCUACACGGAAUACUCUCCUCAAGACUGGCUCUGUCUAAACUGCACACGAGGUGGCAGGCCUUUUCUAGGAGAUGAGCAGAAACUCUACGAGGACCUCUUCCUCAAAAAGCCACUCUACAACAGGCACCUCAGACCCCUGAGGAACCACUCUGACCAGUUGCUUGUCUACUUCACCUUGAAGAUCAAACAGAUAGUUGAUAUUGAUGAAAGGGACCAGAUCUUAAAGUUGAAUAUCAUAAUCAAACAAAGCUGGAAGGACAUCUGGCUGCAGUGGAACCCCAAAGAGUAUGGAGGACUAGAGGAGCUAAGAGUGCCUGCCUUUGAUGUCUGGCUCCCAGACACUACACUGUAUAACACAGCGGACACAAAUUCAGCCUACGCAGGCACAACAGGCACAAACGUGGUACUGAGACACGACGGUCUGGUCCGAAUGGAGACCAAGCCUUUCAUUCAGCGCAGCACGUGUGAAAUCAAGAUCCGGUACUUCCCCUUCGAUGAGCAGAAGUGUAAGCUCAAGUUUGGGCUCUGGACAUACGACUGGUAUCUGGUGGACCUGUACAACUCCACGGCCGGCCCGGACAUGGGGCUGUACCUGGAGAACGAGCAGUGGGACAUGUCUUACACCUGCUUCAAGCGACACUUGGUGGACUACGUGUGUUGCCCAGUGAAGUACGUGGACGUGACUCUCUACGUCGGCUUGCGGCGGAAGCCCCUCUACUACAUGUACAAGCUGGUGAUGCCUAUCGUGCUCCUGUCGGCCUUGUCCAUGGUGGGCUUCCUCAUGCCUUAUAACGUCGGGGUGGUCAAAGCCAAUCUCAGCAUCACCCUCAUCCUGUCCAUGACCGUCUUCCUCCUUUUGGUGGCUGAGACGAUUCCCAAGACAUCAGAAGGACUUCCGCUUAUCAGUGAGUAUUACCUCAUCAUCAUGUUCCUGAUUGCCAUCUCCACGGCGAUGAACAUCACUGUGCUCAACAUCUUCCACCGGGGGGAAGACGGCACGCGUCAGGUACCAAGCUGGCUGCGGACGUUGGUGCUAAAGUACGUGGCCAAGGUCAUGUGCAUGGAUUGCAAAGGGGAGUAUCUGCUACAGCGCCGCAGCGACCCCAAGCUGGACCAGGCGCGGUUGGCCAUGCUGAGGAAACAGCGGUGGUUUAAUGCCAGGUAUGCUACGUCAUACUCCCCCCUCAUCUCUGAGACCUACCGCAACGACAUCACCUCGGCCGGCCACCAAAGCAACGGGCACGGUAACCCCGAGGCCGAGCUGGACCACUUCGUGGACCACCUAGGCGAGUCGGACGAGGUGCGGCUGACCAAGCUUGAGUCCAAUGUCCACGGGAUCUUGCGGCAGAUCCGGGCCGUCCAGAGGCGGACAGACGGCAACAACCGGGUGCACACGGAGUGGGCACUUGUGGCCACGGUCACUGACCGGCUCCUCUUCUACAUCUACGCCUGCUUCACCGUCUCCAUGUCCGUCAUCGUGCUGUUGGUCAACCCGGCCUUCAACGGGAACAAGUCGGACAGCGUUUGCGGGGAGGAACCUACAUGACUGAGAUUGUGACUGCAUGAACGUUGAUGUUUUCGCACGGAUAGUGGAAGGUGUCCGUUUUUUCUAUUGGAAGCUGCCAGUCGUUUUCCUCUCACUAUUUGUUUUCCCAAGAUGUCAAAAAUUAGAGUUUAAUUCAUGGAUUUCCUGAUUAACUGAUGCUCAGACGGCAACAAUAUGCGAGUUUGGGAGAAAAUGUCAGCUUAAUUUCACCCACAUUUACCAUAUUCACAAGUCGGCCACACUGAAUUGAAAGCAACUUUUUGGGGGAUCCUAAGAAUAAUAAAAGCAAUGAAAUAAAAGUUCACUGUAUAUUUGUUUGAUUUCCCAUGAUUAUUCUGAGAUUUAUUAUACCUAAAUGUUUAAGCAACACUUAAAAUAAUGAGGCAUGGAACUCUAAAAAUAGUCUGGAACCACCCCAUUUCACAGAUUACAUUGACAGAUUUAGGGAACCUAAAUCAAAGAUGGCUGUCUUGUGGAUAAGGUCUAUUUCAUUAGAUCUCGGACCUUUUAUGCAGUACUUAUAAUUGUUACCUACAACUGGUUCGUUGUUGUAUUUCCAUACUUUCAGAGACAGGUUAAGUAUUAUGUAUAGGACUUAUGAUGUAAAUUUUAAUCGGUGGAAGUUUGUUCAUCUCAUCUCAAACAAUGAAAGCUCUGUCGUCCAAGUUUUUCUUAAUCUUAUCGAAAAGUGCACUUUUGUAACAUUUAAAAUUCACCAUGCUUUUCCUUUGCACA